AUGCAAGCGUCCAAAAGACAUAAGGGCGUACACUCAAGUGAUGAUUGUGAAAGUGCUAAAAGAAGCACGGUAGAUGAUUUGUUUGUAUUCUCAUCUUCUGAGCAGCGAGCCAAUUACAAAGUCGAGUAUCUUUGUGAUCUUUUAAUAUUACAUGAAGUUAGUAAAAUUAAAAGCAUUAAACUGAGUGAUAAAAUCAGAAAAGACAUGCUAGCACUUCAGUUGAUUAUGAAAAGGCCGGGAAUAAGUAAGUCGGAGGAGCUUUUCAACAUACUUAAACUAUUAGAAGAAUGUUGUGGUGCAAAAGCUGAUAUUUUUGAGGGGGUUUCUAACGGUCUCAAGACAAUAAGAACAGUGUCAAGCGUUGGUAAAUUCUUAAAAGACUAUUUUUUAAAUUUUAUAAACGAUGAUGUCAAAAAUAUCCUUUUAAUUCCAUACAAGUUCAAAUUUGACAGGAUGAAAUUUGAAAGAAUGCUCAAAAUCCAUUGCAUUAACUUUGAAGAAGUGGACUUUAACUCCAUUAUUGCAUUUAUAAAAGAAAUAUUGAAAGUGUUUAUAAAGCACCCACAGUAUGCAAAUAUAAGGGAAUGCACACUCACAGUACAUCAGAAAGGGAACUCCUCACUCCAGGACUUUCCUGUCGAACUGUGGAUCGAAGUGCAAUGCACUAAAAUAUACAAAGAAAUGAAAAUAGUUCUACAGUCAGACAAUGAUUACCUUCUAUUUGAUGUAAAGAAGAAGACAAAGAUAACUGUGGACUGUAAAGAUGGUGGGUUUAAGUGUUAUAUCGGAGUAUUGAUUGGAAAAGACAUUUUAAAGCUUACACCAGAGAGUGAGAGCUUAUACUAG